AUGUCCUAUCAAGAUUAUGAAAAAUCAUUACAACAAGCUCGAAUAUCUCUUCUUAAUUCUACUUUUGAACGAUUUUGGAUUCAAUCAAAAUCUACAACAAAAACAUAUUCGUCAUGGUAUAAUUCUUUGAAAUAUCAAUAUAUUAUUAUCUUUCUUAUUUUUAUUACUAUUCUUCUUCUUGUAUUUUCACUUCCAUUUAUUAUUUUCUCACAAUAUUAUUCGAAUUCAUAUCAUCAACAAUGUUCAUCACUUGCAUGUAUAUCAACAUCACAUCGAAUUAUUGAAAAUCUUGAUUUAAAUAUAAAUCCAUGUGAAAAUUUCUAUCAAUAUGCAUGUGGUGGAUGGAUUGAUAAUCAUUUUUUAACACCAAGUGAAACAUCCAUUAGUUAUUUUAAAGAAAUUUAUAAAAAUAAUUUAAUUAUUUUAUAUAAAAUUCUUCAAAAUAAUUCCGAAAUAAAUUCACCGUCAAUAGAAAAAUUACAAAAUUAUUUUUAUUCUUGUAUGAAUACAAUAAAUAAUGAAAAUUUAGCAAGACAAACUUUAUUAAAUAUUCUUCAACCUAUUGGAUAUUCACCAUUAUUAGUAAAAAAUUGGUUAGGAACAGAUUUUAAUCUUGUUUCAAGUCUGAUUUAUACUCAUCAAUAUAAAAUCAAUCCAUUAUUUCAUAUUGGUAUUACAAUUGAUGAAAAAAAUAAUAAAUAUUAUCGUAUUUUUUUUGAACAAUCUGGUUUAUCAUUUGAUGAACAUUUUCGUUAUUAUGAUAAACAUGUUCGUUAUUUAUUUAAUCAAUUUGGUAUAAAAUUAUUUCAAUAUCUUCAUUCAUCAUUAUCUUAUUAUGAUAUAUUAAAACAAAUUGAUGAAAUAUUUCUAUUUGAAAAACGUUUAGCAUCAAUUUUUCAAAUAAAAAAAUCUCAUAAUCCGUAUGAAUAUUAUCAUAUACGGACAUAUGAACAACUGCAACAAUUAUUUUCUACUUGGUUUAAUAUUGAAAUUUAUUUACAAAGAAUUUUUCAUAAAAAUCAAACAUUUUUUUCUAAUCAAACAUUUCUUAUAUUAACACCGAAUUAUUUCAAUAGAUUAAAUGAAAUAAUUCAAACAACACCAAAAUAUAUUUUAGCAAAUUAUAUAACAUUUCAAAUUAUACAAGAUUUAUUACCUUAUAUGUCGGAAAAUUUUAUUCAGAUUCAAAAAUCAUUAAAAAUCUAUUUAAAAGGUAUUACAGAAGAAAAACCAUUAUGGGAAAUUUGUAUGAAAAGAACAGAUGAAGCAUUUGGAUUUGCUACGGGUGCGUUAUUUAUUUCAAAAAUAUUUCAUGAAAAAAAUAAAGAAAAAAUCGAAUAUAUUGUUGAAGAAAUUCAUUCAGCAUUUAUUGAAACUUUACCGAAUAUUAAAUGGAUGGAUAAUGAAACACGUCAACAAGCACAAAUAAAAGCAAAAAUGAUUAUUAAUAGACUUGGUUAUCCAAAAUGGAUUGAAGAUAAUAGAAAUAUUGAUAGAUUCUAUCAAGAUUUAAUUCUAUCAAAGACUAAUAAUUCAAUUAUUAAUCAUAUAUUAGUACAACGAUUUCAAAAAGAACAAAAUUUGAAAAAACUUGAUCAACGUCCGAAUAUGGAAGAAUGGAUAAUGACACCAGUUGAUGUAAAUGCAUAUUAUACACCAUCGAAAAAUAUGAUUGUAUUUCCAGCUGGAAUUUUACAAACACCAUUUUUCGACCCUAAUAUACCUAUUUCAUUGAAUUUUGGAUCGAUUGCGUCAAUUAUUGGUCAUGAACUUAUACAUGCAUUUGAUGCAAGUGGUCGACAUUUUGAUGGGUAUGGAAAUCUAAAUAAUUGGUGGAAGAAAAGUUCAGCUCAUCGCUUCGAUGAACAUGCUCAAUGUUUUAUUGAACAAUAUGAUAAAUAUCGCAUCGGUAACGAACAUAUCAAUGGAUUAUUAACAUUAGAUGAAAAUAUUGCUGAUAAUGGUGGUUUACGAAUAGCUUAUACAGCUUAUAAACGUUAUUUAAAACGUCAUCAUUUACUUUCGAUGAAAUAUAUUAAGCAUCAACAGCAGCAACUUUUACCUGGUCUUAAUUUAACAGAUGAACAAUUCUUUUUUAUUGGUUUUGCACAAACAUGGUGUACAAAAACUACGUUUGAAAAUGCUAAUAUAGCUUUAAGUACUGAUACACAUGCUCAUCCAAAAUAUCGUGUUAUUGGUUCUUUAUCAAAUAUGCCAGAAUUUUCAAAAGCAUUCAAAUGUUUAAAAGGAUCUUCAAUGAAUCCUGAAAAACGAUGUGAAAUAUGGUUAACAUCAAAGAUUGUGAAACAACCAUGUUGA